AUCAUAAUUAUGGUGCUCUCUAAAUAGAAAAGAAAGCGAUGGCACUCAACAGAAUCGGUGGGGCUCUGAGAAGAAACCUGACUCGCCCAGUCUGGAGUGGUGGCCUACAAAGCAGAUGUGUAACUCUAUCAGCCAGGGUUUUCAACACAGAGAAAGUCACUCAUACUGGACAGAAAUGGGAUGAGUCAGACUAUAGGCAAGUGCGGUUCACAGAUCGAACAAAAUUGGUCAAUGAGCAGUUUGCCAUUAAUCUGCUCGCCGAGGAGCCAGUGGUGGUCAUCAAAGGUACCCACACGUGGUGUGAUGGUGGGAAAGGUGCUCUGGGUCACCCUAAAGUCUACAUCAACCUGGACAAGCCGGAGAUCAAUGACUGUGGAUAUUGCGGCAAGAGAUUUGUCGCUGAAGCUUCAAAAGAACAUUUCAAAGCAGAAACUCUUAUUUAUGAAUAGUGAACACUUGUAUACUACAGUUUGUUACCUUAUCCAGUUUGUGGUGGGUGUUUGUUAGAAUGCUCAUUAUCUAAUAAUUAUUGUGGCUGA